AUGGAGAAGUUUGGCAUGAACUUUGGAGGCGGCCCCAGUAAAAAAGAUCUUCUAGAGACCAUUGAAUCGCAGAAAAAGCAGCUCCUCCAGUACCAGGCCAGGCUGAAGGACGUCGUCAGAGCCUACAAGAGCCUGCUGAAAGAGAAGGAAGCCUUGGAAGCCAGCUUGAAGGUGUUGUCCGUGUCUCAUGAGGCAGAUUUGGGCUUGAGUGGGGCUGUGGUCAGCUCGGGCUCUUCCUUUGCCGAUUGUGCCGACGACCGGAGCUCGGUUCACAGCGAAGACAGCGUGGGGACGGCUACCAGUGCAGACACCGCUGCCAGCCUGGCCAGUACCAAAGGUGAAACGGGGCCGGACGAUGACAAACCUGCAGCAGCCACAUCCUCUCUUAAAUCAGAGGAGACCAGCAGUUCCGAGAGCGGCGUCAGCACGAGCAGCGGGGAGGUGGCGUCGACUGCUGGCGAGGCUGAUAAAAGGCUGCUCCAGCUCAAAACCCAACUGGCCACCUUGACCAGUGCUUUGGCAACCGUCACGCAGGAGAAGUCCCGCAUGGAAGCCUCCUACCAAGCGGACAAGAAGAAGAUGAAGCAGGACCUGGACGAUGCCGUUAAGAAAGCGGAAAGCGAGAGCGAGAAGCUGGAGGCAGAGCUGAAAUCCGUCCAGGAGCAGCUCGCCGAGACCAAAGCCCGUCUGAUCACACAGCAGCACGACCGAGCCCAGGAGCAGGGCGACCACGCCGUGAUGCUGCGCGAGCUGCAGAAGCUGCUGCAGAGCGAGAGGACUCUGCGCCAGGACGCGGAGCUGAAGCUGGAGGAGACCAGGGAAGCGUUGGCCGGGAGAGCGACCAUGGCCGAUCGUGCCGAGGGCUACGAGCUGCAGAUCAGGCAGCUGAGCCAGGAGGUGGAAGACCUGAAGAGAGAGCUGCAAGCUGUGCAGGAGGAGAGCAAGAAGCCGGAUCCCCGGAUACAGGAUCUGCAGGAGGAGAUGGGCAGCCUGAAGAACCACUUCCAGGCACAGCUGCUGCAGGAGAUGAGGAAG